GCCGUCCCGUUUCCGGUGUCAUGGCGGCCGGAGCGCGGCGGCUGCCGGGGCCGGGGCCGGGGCCGGUGCCGGGGCAGCGGCGGGGCCGCGGCGGGACGGCGAUGUGAGGCGGGACGGGGCCAUGUCGGGGUGCGCGUGGGGCGCGGCGCCGCCUCUGCUGGAGGCUCUGGGCCGGCUGUGGGAGGUGCAGACGCCGCUGGGCAGCGGCUCCUCGGCCUCGGUGUACCGGGUGCGCUGCUGCGGGGACCCCCGGGCCCCCCCCGGCGCCGUCAAGGAGUUCGUGCCGCCCCCGGGGCCGCGGCCCGGGCUCGCUCGCCGCCCCGGCGCCCGCCCGCCCGCCGCGGACUGCGCCGAGUACGGGUUCCGCAAGGAGCGCGCCGCGCUCGAGCAGCUCCGCGGGCACCGCAACAUCGUGACACUCUAUGGCGUGUUCACCAACCACUACUCUGCCAAUGGCCCAUCUCGCUGUCUGCUCCUGGAGCUGCUGGACAUCAGCGUGUCCGAGCUGCUGCUGCACUCCAGCAACCAGGGCUGCUCCAUGUGGAUGAUCCAGCACUGCGCCCGAGAUGUCCUGGAAGCCCUGGCUUUCCUGCACCACAAAGGCUAUGUGCACGCAGACCUCAAGCCACGCAACAUCCUGUGGAGUGCAGAGGAGGAGUGCUUUAAGCUCAUUGACUUUGGACUUAGCUUCAAAGAGGGGAAUCAGGAUGUGAAAUACAUUCAAACAGACGGGUAUCGGGCUCCAGAGGCAGAACUGCAGAACUGCCUGGCACAGGCAGGGCUCCAGAGUGAGACAGAGUGUACCUCUGCUGUGGAUCUGUGGAGUCUGGGAAUCGUUUUACUGGAAAUGUUCUCAGGAAUGAAACUGAAACAUACAGUCCAAUCUCAGGAAUGGAAGACAAACAGUUCUGCCAUCAUUGAUCGCAUAUUUGCCAGUGAGGGGGUGGUUAAUUCAGCCAUUCCAGCUUAUCACCUCAGAGACCUUAUCAAAAGCAUGCUUCAUUGUGACCAAGGAAAACGAGCCUCUGCUGAGAAGGCUUUAUGCAGCCCAUUCUUCAGCAUUCCUUUUGCUCCCCAUAUUGAAGACUUGGUGAUGCUACCUACACCUGUGCUGAGGCUGCUAAAUGUUCUAAGUGAUGCUUCUCUGCAGUGUGAAGAAGAAUAUGAAGAUAUCCUGGAAGACAUAAGGGAGGAAUGUCAGAAAUACGGACCAGUGAUUUCCUUGCUUAUUCCAAAGGAGAAUCCUGGUAAAGGCCAAGUCUUUGUUGAAUAUGCAAAUGCUGGUGAUUCCAAAGCUGCCCAAAAAAUGCUGACUGGAAAGAUUUUUGAUGGCAAGUUUGUUGUGGCUACGUUUUACCCACUGAGUGCCUAUAAGAGAGGAUAUCUGUACCAAAACUUGCUGUAGGCAGUAGCAACAAUCAGGAGAGUUGUCUUGCUCCUCUUCCUCACGUGUUUUACAGUUGAAUGUGCAAAAGAGCUUCCUAGCCCUGCUUCUGAGUCAUCUGUGAAGGAGAGGUGCAAAGGGCUUGAAUGGACUUUGAAACUUUUCUGCUGCUUUGUGAUGUGCUGAGGAGGCCUGGACGCUUUCAGCCUUGCUUGUGGGUGUGCUGUGCUUGCUCAUUUACAGGGGGUGUGGCUCUGCCCGGGGGAACCCGGGAGGCGGAGCAGAUCCUGGCGAGGGCUUCACAGUGAUUUGAAGUGAGACCAAAGUGUUGGCCUUAGCGCUGGGCUUGGCUCUGGGGAGAGGAUUUCUUUGUUAAGCUUUCCUGUAACCAAAUCCUCUUCUCCUGUGUUGAAGGAAGAGGAAGGCUUGCCUGCUUUUUGUUGACACUGUUAUAAAUAAAGAAGCAGAAACACCAUCCUCUCUAAACCAGACCAGGAGGACUUUUGAGUCUUCUCCUGACAUAGAGCAGAGAGAGGCAAUGAAAUUGGAUCUGCUGAGCCUGUGGGGUUGCCCUGUCCUUGUGACCUGAGCAGAGCCAUGCAGCUGAUGCUGGGCUGGGCAGUGACGUGUGGGUGAUGCUGCCUGUGGGGAGCUGAGCUUGCUUGUUUGUCUGGGGUGGGCUGGGACUGUUGGUGGAGACCUGGUCAGAGCAGUGCCAGCCUCAGUCCCAACACAACCUGUAAGCACUUUGUAGCCUGAGUAGAUGUGAAAACCCCGCCGUGUGGAUUCAUCUUUCUAGCACAUACCCUGUGCUGGCACUGAUGCUCCCUAGCUCUGAUGCCAAAUCAUCUGUGAUAUGUAAGCAUCUUUUGGUGAUAUUUUUGGAAAGGUGUGCUACAGCACACAGUAUUCUUUGUGUCACUCCUGCCUUGAGAGUCUUAUAAGAACAAAUAUUUGUCCGUUGUAGGCCCCACGCUUGGCUUUUCUGUGUUGUGCAUUUUGGUUUUGCAUUAACCCAUUAAGACAUGUAGAUUAGAAGCACUGACACUUUUGGUCCUUCAAAGGUUACAAAAAGGGCUUGAGGCAAUCUGAGAUCCUGUAUGGAAAGGGCUUAAGGAGUCAUCAGACUGGACUGGCCCGGAGGAGGUCUUUCACAGUGUCAGGAACAACAGCCACAUGCCUUUGGGGAAGACACUGUGGUGAGCAGCAACACUUCCCCCCAGAGCAUGCUCUGCUCCCGUGGCUUCAGUCAGCUGCUGCCAUGGGGCAGGCAGAGACUGAUUUCCAAACCCAUGCACCUGGCAGAGCCUCUCCCUCCAGGGUGGGCACUCUGCUCCUAAUGGGCACAGUGUGAAACAGCCCUGUUUUGAGAGUCACCAGUUUAUUCUGGCUUCUGGUCUUGGUCUCAGUUUUAAUGAGGAGGAAAGCCCUCCUGAAUUCCUUUCUUAGACAAAAUACUUGCAGACAGCUGCCCGAACCAUCCCUGACCUUCCCUGGAAUAAUACCUGAAUUACCUUGCAGUUUACUGUUUGCAUCUUGCUGAUGCUGGACUUGAUGGAAUCCUAUAUUUAAGAAGUUCCUCUUGAUUUUUUGUGCUGUGCAUGGUGUGUCAGGAGAUCCAAUGUCUGUAGCAUUUCAUGAGUCUGAGUUGCUCUCUGUGCUGGUGUAUAGUGCUGUCUACUGUGGCCCUUACCAAACUCCCUCAGAAAGGACCAAUCUCUGAAUUCUUCUGUUGCCUUUGGGAUGGUGGGCUUGCCAGGGAAAAGAAAAAAAAAAUCCCACAAUGAGUUUUAAGGUGUGAUUUGCUGAUCAGAUUUUUCUGGGAAUAAUGCUGCUUUGGUGUACAUAGCUGUUCAGCAGCCUUUGCAUGUGUGGGGUGUGUGAUCCAUUGCUUUUAAUUUAACCGUCCUUUGAGUGAAGCACCUUUUAGUGUCUGGGAGGAAUUGAAUGGUAACUGGGUGAAGGUUUUUCCUGUGUGGAGAUCAGUGUUUGAAGUAUGGUUGGGUCUUGGAUGACCUCUUCAGCUCUGCAUUACUGCUAUCCCUGUGGGUUGAGCCAGGGGUCCAGACAUGCACGUGUUGAAUGCCACCAUGGCAGGAGCAGACCCCAAAGCUCCUGCCCUGCUGAAUGCCAGCCCAGGUGGGGCCACAGGGAGCUCCCCUGGGUGCAGGGUGUGAGGUCGAUCACCUACAGCAACACUGGGACAGGGAGAUGCUGGGAUGCAGCUAUGGAACUUAAAUGUGUUCAAAGUUCUCACAUCAUUUGUCUAGGACUGUGAGCUGCUCUGUCAUCUUUCAAGCACAAUUUUUUCAGUCAGAAUUCUUUCAAUAAGGGAUAGUGCCAGGAUUUAUCUUCAGAGAGGAGCCACAGCCUAUUUCUGCAGCAUGGCAGCUCUUCUGCCAGAGUUUAGCUGGGGUUUUGUUCAGCUUCUUUUACAGGGGUUAAAUAAAUCCUCAUGAUGCAAACUCCUGCUACCAGACAUUUUUCUCCAGAUGUUCAUUGACCAGGCUUGAGCACUGAGCUGGGUAAAAAAACCCAAAGCUGCUUUUUGUUAUAUUCCUUCUGGCUGAUCUCUGUCCUGUCACUGGAUCCACCGCAGGCUGUGGGGUACAGGGAGGUUUAGAAGCAUUGUAUUGUUUCUUCUCACACUCUGCCUUCAAAGACUUUUUCUACCAAGAUGAAGCUCACUCUGGUGUCUCAGUGACCUGUUGGUGUCUUGGCAUAAGUUUUAGCCCUGCUAAAACCUUUGAGUUCCUUAACUCUAGAUUGUAUCUGAAGUGUGCAUGGUGAUUCAGUCCAAGGUGCCUGUUGUGGUGUGUGGGAUGGGCCUGGCUUUCCUUGUCUCCAGAUUACUGCUUGCUUGAGAUGCCCAAGUGUUGAGGCUUUCUCCUCAGAUGCUCGCUGGGUUUCCUGGUCUGUGCUGCUCCCCCCCAGUAACCCUCGGUGUAGCACCGACCUACCUAGUCCUACCCUAGUUGUAGGGUAACUGGUGUUUAAAUCACUGGCCAAAGCACAAGUCAGCUCCCGUCUUAGCUUUAUUCCUAAUUUUAUUCUCACUGGCCUUCAGCCUUGUAACAAGGUAGCCUGAGCACCGUGUUGUUGUAGGCAGGUUCUUUCCAGAGGGUUCAGUACACUUCUUGCUGCUGUGCCAGAUCCUGUAACCACGUGCCUCCCUUUGAGUUAGAUGUCAGUUGUUGUAUCCCGUCACGCACCAUUGCUGAGCAGAUGUGUGCUUGGUACAGGUGAUUAAUAAACCAUGCUUCAGUAUGA